CGUUCGUGUCACUUUGAAGAAGAGAAAACAGGUUGCCUUUUGUCUCUCCUAAUUUCUUCUUCUCCCUUUCUCAGAUCUUUGAUUCAUUCUCUCUGAAUCUGAGAUUCCAGGGCUUUCGAGCUUUUUCUCUUUUGAGUUCAAAUCCAUGCCGGGUCUUGCUGCUAAGUCUCCGCCGGACGCGCCUCCCCUCAGAAUCUCACUUCCCGAACCAACCUCUUCGAUCCCCCCCAGGACACCCAAUAAGAGAAUUCCAUCACCAUCUCCCUCCCGAUCUAAACCCUCUCCUGCUCGCUCCGCUAAAAAGCCCCCUCCUGAUUCUCCCAUUUUUGAUGAUUCCUCUCUAGACAAUCCGGAUCUCGGUCCCUUCUUGCUCAAGCUCGCGCGCGAUACCAUUGCGUCUGGUGAGGGUCCGAUUAAGGCUCUAGACUAUGCCAUUCGGGCUACGAAAUCGUUCGAGAGGUGCCAAGUGGAAGGCGAGCCAAGCCUGGAUCUCGUCAUGAGUUUGCACGUGCUAGCGGCGAUCUAUUGCAGCUUGGGGAGGUUCGAGGAAGCAGUGCCAGUGCUGGAGAGGGCGAUUCAGGUACCUGACACUAGUCGGGGCCCCGAUCAUGCACUUGCGGCGUUUUCGGGGCAUAUGCAGCUUGGGGAUACGUACUCCAUGCUUGGACAGGUGGAGAAGUCAAUCAGAUGUUAUGAGGAAGGUCUCGAGAUUCAAAUCCAGGCUCUGGGAGAGACUGAUCCCAGAGUUGGUGAGACUUGCAGGUACUUGUCUGAGGCCCAUGUUCAAGCAAUGCAAUUUGAUAAAGCAGAAGAGUUGUGCAAGAAAACUCUUGAAAUUCAUCGUGCCCACAGUGAACCAGCAUCUAUUGAAGAGGCAGCUGACCGCCGGCUGAUGGCCCUCAUAUGUGAGGCAACGGGUGAUUACGAAGCAGCACUUGAGCACCUUGUCCUCGCCAGCAUGGCUAUGAUUGCGACUGGACAGGAGAAUGAGGUUGCUGCUAUUGACGUUAGCAUUGGGAACAUAUAUAUGUCUCUAUGUCGCUUUGAUGAGGCUGUCUUCUCCUACCAGAAGGCACUUACAGUUUUCAAAUCAUCAAAGGGCGACAACCACCCUUCAGUGGCCUCUGUCUUUGUACGCCUUGCUGACCUAUACCACAGGACAGGGAAGCUCAGGGAGUCAAAGUCCUAUUGCGAAAAUGCGCUGAGAAUAUAUACAAAACCUGUGCCUGGAACUACAGCAGAAGAGAUUGCUAGUGGCUUAACUGAAAUUUCAGCCAUAUACGAGUCUGUGGAUGAGCCUGAGGAGGCACUGAAGCUCUUGCAGAAAGCAAUGAAGUUAUUGGAGGAUAAACUGGGGCAGCAAAGCACAAUUGCAGGAAUUGAAGCACGAAUGGGGGUGAUGUUUUACAUGGUUGGAAAGUAUGAAGAAGCUAGGGCUUCGUUUGAGAGUGCAGUCACAAAACUUAGAACAAGUGGGGAGAGGAAAUCAGCUUUCUUUGGGGUUGUGUUGAACCAGAUGGGAUUGGCUUGUGUACAGUUAUUCAAGAUUGAUGAGGCCACUGAGCUGGUUGAAGAUGCAAUACAGAUCUUGGAGAAUGUUCUGAAACUGAGAGAGGAAAAGCUUGGAACUGCAAAUCCUGAUUUUGAAGAUGAAAGGAGUAGGCUAGCUGAGCUUCUAAAAGAAGCAGGGAGAACCAGAAACAGAAAGGCAAAGUCACUGGAAAAUCUCAUUGAUCCUAACUCAAGGAGGACGAAGAAAGAGUCGACAAAGAGAUGGGGUUUCAGACGUUGAAAGCAAUCCACUCAAGACGUGUAUUCACUUUUUGAUACAUGCACAUUAUGUAACAUAGAAGAUGGUGUAUAGUGUCAACCAUCAAGAGCUGUAAUUUGGUAAGGUUUCCUUAUUUUUUGAGAGUUGAAAUCCUCCUGUGUUUUUUUUUUCUCCCCUAUUAUAUAAUUAAUUGUUUUAUUGAAUGAGUGUGAUGCGCGCUUGAAACUUGGAAAAGAAAGAAAGUUUGUUUUGAUUG